AAAGUGUUGGAUCCAUCUUAUUGCGUAUAUGAUAAGUGUCACCUUAAAAUGCUUGGCCGAGGAAUUGUGGGAAUAAACGUGGAAGCAAAACUUUUAAAGGGGCCCUUCUAUAAUGCAAAGGUAAACCUCAGCCUUUGGCGUAAAUUCAAUGGUUUUCGUCCAUUUAUGUUCAAUGUGACCUUUGAUUUUUGCAAAUUUAUGUCAAAAUCAAAUUCCACCUUAUCAUUUCAAAAAAUAUUUCUGGAUGCUCUCGGUACGAAAUCGAAUCUAAAUCACUCUUGUCCUUAUAAGAAGGAAAUUGUGGUGCGUGAUUUGGUAUUCGAGAACGAUUUUUUGAAGUUCUUGCCAUUACCAUCUGGGGAGUAUCAAAUUCAAUUAAUUGCGGCUACGGACAAUGAUUGGAAAACUAAAGUGGAUAAUCACUGCAAAUGUGCAUAA